UGCUUAACAAAUCUGUAUUGUAUUGUUAUGUACCAUAAUUAUUUUUUAAUAUCUCCGGCGAAAAUGGAAGCAAAAUUCACCGGCGACGCCGUGAUCUCCACCGUAUCAUACGGCGGCGCCGGCGAGAUGUCGAAAUCGGUUGCAGUGAUUGCGUGUACUGUUAUGGCAAUAUUGUAUGUAGCGAUCUUAUAUGCUCCGACGUUGAUUCUCCGAUUACCUCCGUCAGAUUCGUUUCAAUCAUAUAUGAUCCGACGGUUCAUAUGCGCCGGUGUUUCCUCGGUUUUCUCACUCAUUGCUUGCUCACUUAUCCUCCCUAUUCAAUGGGGUAAAUCUCACCUUUCCGAUGUUUACGGCAUCAGAUUGGAUCAUAUUUGGCAAGCUGUCAUCUUUCCUCUUACAUUGACCUCCUUAAUGUACGCUGGGACCUUGAUCCUCAAGCUGUUAUUGUUGCUAGACUUGGCCCAAGAAGAUCGAGAGAAUGGAAGAAGCCUGUCACUUGACAUUAUUAAAAAUGCUGUCCAUGAAUUUAUUGAAUCGAUCUCUUCAAUGGCGUCCAAUAUUUCAGCAUGGCGUAAUUAUUUUGUGGCUCCACUUACAGAAGAGCUGGUUUUUAGAGCUUGUAUGAUACCUUUGCUUCUUUGUGGAGGAUUCGGCACCUAUAAGGUGGUGUUUCUUUGUCCUAUAUUUUUCAGUUUAGCUCAUUUAAACCAUUUGUUAGAAUAUGCUCAACGAAGCGGCAGCUGGCUCAAAGCUCUUAUCACUGUAGGCUUCCAGGUCGGCUACACAGUCAUCUUUGGAUCAUACGCUUCAUUUCUCUUUGUUCGGACAGGACAUCUUACCGCUCCACUAGUUGCUCAUAUUUUUUGUAACUGUAUGGGCUUACCUGUAAUAAUUUCACGGAGGACAGAAAAUGAUGAUGAAUAAAAUCAACAUUAUUUGAAAUCUCUUGGAUAAGAAAUGAAGAAAAUUGACCAGCAGAGAGGCAGAGCCAAAGCUAGGAUUUCAGCUGAGGGGUUCAAAAUUUGAAGAAAAACUCACCGAUGUGGUUCAACAUCUGUAAUAUAUACAUAAAAAUCAUUUUCAUAUGUAACGAAGGCUGGCGGCUCCGCCUCUGCUAACUAGCCAUUUCUUUCCACCUGCUCUAAAUUUCUAGUCUUGGUGAACAGAAUUAUCUGAUAUCUAUUGAUAUAAGUUAUUGAUGGAAAGUGAUAUGUAUCCCAAGACAUUAGCUGAGGUGCAAGCGAGUUGAAGGGACUCUAUGGUUAUUAAAAAAAAGAUUAACUGCGGUUUUUUCAUCGAUCCUAGCUAGCUUUGGUAGACAAGAGUCAUCUGGUAUUUGUGCUUCAGCCUUUUCUCAAAUCACGUGCAUAACAGAAGCUUUAGUGCACCAAAUUAUUUUUUCUAGCUUUGGUAGACAGAGUUUUUUGAUACCUGUUAUUGGUGAGAAGUGAUAAAUAUCUCGUGAAAUUAGUCGAUAUAUACACACGUUCCAUUGACUAGGGGAGAUCAAAAGGUCAAGCACGUGCAUAUUAAAUACUUCCAAAAAAUCAUUUUCGAUUCUCGAUCGAGCUCGAUGCACAAUACUUGCUAGUGCGAUUAAUCCUUCACAUGAUACGAUUUAUUUCUCAUAUAAUUUGCGGGCUAUUAUACUGAAGCGAUAUUUAUUUUGUGUGCACCCUAGAUAUAUUCAGAAAAAGAUGAUAAUGAUGAACAGUAUCAACAUAAUUUGAAAAUCUCUUGGAUAGGAAAUGAAGAAAAUUGACUUGGGGAUAAAAGGUCAAAGAUAUGUAAUAUUAUGUAUUUCCAAAAGAAAUCAUU